AUGGCUACGGCGGCGUCUAACCCCUACCUGCCAAGCAACAGCAUCCUGUCGGCGGGCUCCAUCGUCCACUCGGACUCCGGGGGGAUGCAGCCGGGCAGCGUGGCCGUCACUUCGGUGUCCGGCGGGGGCUACCGGACCGACCCUUCUUCCGUGAAGAUGGUCCAGAGUGACUUCAUGCAGGGCGCCAUGGCGGCCAGCAACGGCGGCCAUAUGCUGAGCCACGCGCACCAGUGGGUGACAGCCCUGCCCCACGCCGCCGCCGCUGCUGCUGCUGCAGCCGCCGCCGCCGUAGAAGCCGGCUCGCCCUGGUCCAGCAGCCCGGUGGGCAUGACGGGCAGCCCCCAACAGCAGCAGGCGCAGCAGCAGCAACAGCAGCCCGACGUGAAGGGUGGCGGCGGCGGCGGCGGGCGGGACGACCUGCACUCGAGCGCGGCGCUGCACCACAGGCCCCCGCCGCCGCACCUGGGUCCCCCGCACCAGAGCCACUGGGGCUCCACCACGGCGGCCCACUUGCCUUCCAUGGCCAGCCAGCAGCAGCAGCAAUCGCUCAUCUACUCGCAACCCGGCGGCUUCACGGUCAAUGGUAUGCUGAGCCCCCCGCCCGGCAGCCAGAGCCUGGUGCACCCGGGCUUGGUGAGGGGCGACACGCCAGAGCUGGGCGACCACCCGGGUCAUCACCACCAUCACCACCACCAUCCGCACCCGCACCAGCACCACGGCGGCGGCGGCGGCGGCGGUGCCGGCGGCCUGAACAGCCACGAUCCGCACUCGGACGAGGACACGCCGACCUCGGACGACCUGGAGCAGUUCGCCAAGCAGUUCAAGCAGCGCCGGAUCAAGCUGGGUUUCACGCAGGCCGACGUGGGCUUGGCACUGGGCACCCUGUACGGCAACGUCUUCUCGCAAACCACCAUCUGCCGCUUCGAGGCCCUCCAGCUCAGCUUCAAGAACAUGUGCAAACUCAAGCCCUUAUUAAAUAAGUGGCUGGAGGAAGCCGACUCGUCCACGGGCAGCCCGACUAGCAUCGACAAGAUCGCCGCGCAGGGCAGGAAGAGGAAGAAGCGGACCUCCAUCGAGGUGAGUGUCAAGGGGGCUUUGGAGAGCCACUUUCUGAAAUGCCCCAAGCCCUCCGCCCAGGAGAUUACGAACCUAGCGGACAGCCUGCAGCUGGAGAAGGAAGUGGUCAGGGUUUGGUUUUGCAAUCGAAGGCAGAAAGAGAAGCGGAUGACCCCUCCUGGGAUCCAGCAGCAGACGCCCGACGAUGUCUACUCCCAGGUCGGCAACGUCAGCUCCGACACGCCGCCCCCGCACCACGGACUUCAGGCGAGCGUGCAGUGAAAGAGACAGAAAGACAGUCAGAGAGACAGAGUCGUCGCCACAAAAGUGAGAGGAGUUAUUAGAGAGAGAGAGAGAGGAGGGGGGGCGAGAGGAGAAGGAGAGGAGACCGAGAGAGGGAGGCAAGCACCGCGCUGGUGGGCAGUCCGGGUGGGGGAGGGGAGGGAGAUGGAGAAGGGAGGCAAACAGGAAAACAAAAACACGACCAGACACCUGCAGCCCACGUUUGUGUUCGGUUCCCCGACCCCCAUUCUUUUUACCCGUCUCUGUAUCAGAAACAUUUGGAGAAGUCCAGCCCAGCGGUGGGAAUUCCAUCUCAGCAUGGAGAAAACAUCGUGAUGGAAACCCAGACAGACCAAAAAUUGAUUCUUUUUCUUUUUCUCUUCUUUUGGGUAGCAUUCUACAACAAAAUCUAAAUUACGUCCUGUGUUGUUGCCUUCAGGCAGCGACAAAACAAGCACUAUCCCCUACUUCUAUUAUCUGCCCCUACCUUUCUCUUCUCCUUCGUCAUUUCCUAGCCUCACCCACCUGCUACCGCACUCACCAUUAGGACUGUCCUGUGAAAUUCCUGAAACUUUUCUCUCCAGCUCAAACACGUGCACGUAUAAACACAGACAGGCAGUUUAAAAAAAAAUACACGCGAAAAGUUAGAGAUGUAAAGCCGCAUCAGGAACAAAACCAGUAACAAACAUUAGCUGCUUCCCAGAACUUAGUUAUUAUUGGCCAAACUACAUUAAUUAUUGGUGCAGGGCAGGAAUCCACUUGAGAAGGGUGAUAUUCUGCAAAAUGGGGGGAGGGGAGGUGACAGUCUCUUUAGAUAAGGAAAAUGGGGAAAUAAUGCACUCAAGAGUUAAAAAAAUAAGCAGUCAGGAUAGGAAAGAGAAUUUAUUCACAAUGAGAAAGAGAGAGGAGGGAGGGAG